AUGGAGAAGGAAGAAAGACAGAAAUUGACAUUGAACGAGGAAGAAGAGGUUGAGUUUGACGCUAUACAUGAUGACAGUGAUGAUCAAGAGGCAUCUGAAGACCAAGAUGACCAGCCAUUUGAAAGAAAGAAUGAAAAAGUAGUCAAGAAAAUAAAAUAAGUCUUCUAUAAAAUACCAUUCUAUGAAAGGAGAUGGAAUCCCAGGCCCUACCUUCGAAGGAGCCAAGACUUUAGAGGCACAUAUCCAGAGAGCUAGUAUCUUGGACUCCCUUCCGGAAUUUGAACUUACCAAGGUAGAGAGGUUGGAGAGUGAACUGAAAGUAAGUGAACAAAGAAGGCAGAAGGUUGAAGAAGAGAAUCUUUCACUUCAUAAAAGAAUUAAAGAACUUGAGAAUGAGGUUGAAAAACAAGCGGAAUUUAAUAAAACCCUUAAAGAUAAACAAAAGGAAUACAACAGGGAUGUUCUCAAGAGAUUCAAGCGCGAGUCUAUGGAUGGAGAUGAAUUUUUUGACGAAGAAAAAGAUAGCGAUAAGCACUCCACUGAAUCAAAAAGUGAACUAUAUGAUGAAAAUAUGAUUUCAUUUUCAUUUAAUCAAGCUCUAGUUAAGUAUGAAGGUAAUCAGACCCUGCAUUCUCCAUAUUUUGAAGAAUGGGAUGAGAAAAUGGAUCAUAUUGAAGCAGUAUUUCAGAGAUGGGCCCUAGGGAUUGAUAAAAUUGCCCAAUGAGGGCAUGAAUCUUCGAAAAAUCUUCAUGAAUUACAUAAAAUUUUUAUGGAGGACUUAAUAGCCUUUGAUUUCUCUACAGAAAUUGUUAAUGAUCUCUACAGUUUUGCAGAUAUGCUCAGAGAGCUUGCCUCUAUGCAAGAUUCAUUAUAUGAAUCAGUAAGGAGCUCCUUACUAGAAUAUAUUAAAGAAUUUGAAGAAAAUUUCAUUUCAAAAGUUAAAGAUGAGAAGAAGCUUUAUAACAAGAAGUUUGAUGAGUACUUCAACAACAUUAGCAAGCAGGUUGUUCCAAAGAAGACAUCACCAGAGCUGAUUCAGCAAAAGAUUGUUGAUUCUAAGGUAGAGCUAGGCGAUAUCAAACUAAGGUACCUUGACAAACUUAAUGAGAUCAUUAUCCACACAAAAGUUGACCUGAUUGAUAAAGUAUGUGUUUGAAUCUAUUCAUUUGGAAGUUUCUUCAAGCAAGGAUCUUCUCUCUUUGAAAGGUUGGAGCCUCAGCUCCAUAGUUCUACAAAGAAGGUUGCUGCACGUAAUAAUAUUCUUAAACAUCUCAAGCUGCAGCUUGAGAAGGAAAAGGACAAGUGCAGAAGAGACUCAGAGAACGUUGAUACUCCUAAUUUAAGACUUACCGAAAAAGAAGGAUUUGUUUUUAAGCAAAAUUCCAUAAAGGAAUGGCUCCUCAGAUACCUUAUUGUUAGAGACGACAACUUGUAUACAGUCAAACGAGGUAAGAAGAGCGAGAGGUACAACUUUAGUGAUGCCAAACUCUUCUGCAAUAUAUUCCUAGCAAAGAUCCGUAGAAGCUCUGAUUACCCUGGACUCCCAGUGGUCGAAAUCAUGAGUGUGAAAGAUAACAAAACUUUCUUUCUUUUAGUUGAAAAUUUCAAAGAAAUGGAAGAGUGGAUUAAUGUCUUGAGUUUGAAAAUGCAGAGACUUAUCGAGAAUCCUCAGAAUCAUGGGCUCAAGAACACUAAAGCAAGCUCUGAUAACAAGAGACCCUUAACUUUCCAGCAGGAUAAUGAUAUGGAAAUAGUAGAUUUUGAGGGUGAAGGAGAGGAACGCAAAGCAGAUGAGAAGACGAGACUGAUUAAUGAAGAGGUUAAACAGAUGGUCAAUCAAAAUAUUUGUGCUGAUUGCAAAAAUCCCUUCCCAGAAUGGUUUAGCUUGAACCUCGGAGUCCUUAUCUGCAUUACUUGCUCGGGUCAUCACCGUGGACUGAGCACUGAUGUAAGCAGAGUGAGAUCACUGACACUUGACCUUCAGACGAUGAACACACUAAGGUUUCUGACAAGUGUGAUUAAUAACGAAAUUAACUAUAAGGUCUUUGAAGCUAAAAAAUCUUCUGUUGAGAAGGACAGAAAGAAGAGCAGCAUGAAAGAUUUUAUAAAGAACAAGUAUGAAAAGAGAAAGUUUUGCCAAGGAAUUCCUAGCUCAAGUAAAAAGCAAGAUGAUCUGAUUAAGAUAUGUAUAAAGGCUAUUGAAGAAGACGAUCUUACUAAGAUCUAUCCUAUCGUAUGUUUUGGAAUAGUCAAUACAAACCAUUUCUUUGAGUACAAAACCAAAGGAAUCAAGGAGAAGAUUACUUUGCUACAUCUAGCUGUCAGUGCAGGUUCAAAGGAUAUCAUAUCCCUAUUGAUGCAUAACUCUGCAGACCCAUCCUUGAAGAACUCAUCAGGAAUGUCUCCUGAAGAUCUUGCACUGAUUGAGAAUAAGAUAGAGAUAUUAGAGCUCCUUCAGAAUAUGUAAAAUGAUAGUUCAAUUAUGA